AUGUUGAACGCUUCAUGGCGACCCUGGGUCGCCCUUCUAAUUCUUCUCUUUUUUGCUGUCAGACCCACUGCCGCCUUUGGUGCUGGCAAUAUUGCUUCGAUUUCAAAAAUCGAAGGCAAGAACUUCCGCCAUGGGGAUAUCGAAGAUAUCCUCAAGGCUCUUCUUUUUCUCAAAGGUGGGAAGUGGACUAGCAAGCAGGUCAAGAGAGUAUACUUCGGAAACUGGCUACGGGACUACUCUCAAGCACUAGAUGUUGGGACCCUGAAAGGAGCGCCAGCUGGAACUAUUCGUGUUCUAGUCGCUGUCCUUGCUUUCCUAUCUUUUGGUUACGCUACGGAGGAAUUUGAGGUUACCGACCAACGUUUGGGUGUAUAUCGCCCAGAAGAGCAUAUCGACAACCCUAAAAACUACGCUGACAACCUUGACGCCCGUGCAUAUGACCCGAGGCUUCGCCCACCAGUGGUCCCCGUUGAGCUUGCCGUCGACCCAGAGACCGGCAUGAAGAAUUAUAUCGCCAAUGAGCGUGGUGGUUGGGCCACUUCUGCAGGAUAUAUCAAAUAUUCUCUGGAUCGGUCUAUCCACUUUGGCAGGAUGUACACAUCGGGUGCUGAGGGGCUGAAAGGCAAUAAGGAGGAUUUAUGUGAGGCUCUGAGGUGCCUUGGACAGGCCUUGCAUACCAUGGAGGACUUCAGUGCCCACAGCAAUUAUUGUGAAUUGGUUUUAAAAGAACUAGGCAUCGAUGCAUUCCCACAUGUCGGUACCUCUUCUCAUAUCACCCUCACCAAUGGAAGGAGAGUCUUCCCGCUUGUUACAGGAACCUUUGGGUCCACUGACUUCCUUCACAGUGUCCUCGGAGAAGCCCAGGAUAAAUUGACACAGAAUGAGCUCGAAGAAUUGGAUCUAGCUAUGGCCGAGGCCCAAGAAGAUGAUAAGAAGCGUACUAGCUCUAGCUCAGGUACCAGGGGCUUUGGGAGUAGUGGAGGGGGUAGUAGUGACAGCGAAAUCCUGAAGGCAUUGCUUUCCCAAAUACCUGGAACUCAAGGACUCGGUGACGAGUGUAGCCGUCUACAAGCAGACGCAGACGCACAAAGGUUCGCAAACAUGGAUAUUGGUGGGGGCACUCGUGCUGGAUAUGGCAGCUCUCAUGGCGGUAGCUCUUAUGGUGGCAGUUCUUAUGGUGGCGGAGGAGGCAGUGUGAGCGACAAGAUCGGUGCCUACAACCCCGAACAACUUAUGCAACGUGUAUGGCCGAUUCUCCAAUUCCGAGACCGAGUCUUUCGCGCAAUAGAAUCUGCGAUUGAGAAGGUUCCGGGGCUCGUUGAUGUUGUUGAGAAGAUCUCUGAGCUCCUCUCCGUCUUCAUCUUCAGCUUGCUUGCCCCAAUCUUAAGACCAGUUAUCGAGCAGGUUGCCCUGGAGCUUAAAAAGGGAUCAAAUGGCGUCCUUGAUGCCUCAGCGCAUGCGCAAUUCGAGCCUUGGAAUGAUCCCUUCUGUACUGAUCCAACCCACUCCCUUCUUUCGAAAGAUCAUUUCUCCAACAGGCUCAACGAACCGGCGGGCCUGAUAGCUCAAGCUGUCGUUAAAUAUGUUGUGCCACGUAUCGUUUUCGCCUGGGAAAACCCCAAUACUCCAGUCACAAUGGUUCUCGACGAUGUUGUCCGAGUUUUCCAUCAUCCUGCUUGCCGUGACCCGAGGCUUGAGUUGCACACCAGCAUGUUCAAAGCGGUCCAAGAUUGGGUCAAUAGACUGCCUGAUAAGGGUAGUAGACUCAAUGUUUGGUUAAGUUCUGAAGGCGUCCGCACCGGGAAAAACCAUACUGAUGGUGUUAUCGGUGGGGGUCAUGAUGGUGGCCAUGGAAAGGUUCACGGUAGCGAUCUCGACAAAGCUGGAGGUCGAGUGAAGAAAAAGAAGAAAGGUGAUACAUCAAAUCUCGACCCCUUCGCGCAGCUCGCCGGCGCUGUUGGAGGACAACCUUUGCAGAAUAUCAUUGGAUCCCUGUUAGGGGGAGGCGCCGCAGCAGGCCUUGCAUCUGAGUACUCUGGAAAGUCAAGUAAGAAGGAUAAAUACAAAGAUUACGACUAUGAUUAUGCAGGUUCAGAGAAGAAAGAAAAAAAGAAGGACAAGUACGAUGACUAUGAUCGUGAUCGGCGUGAGAAGAAGUCGAAGGAUUACGACUAUGAAAGAUCGGAGAAGAAGAAGCACAAGUCCUCGAAGGAUAAAAAGGAAAAAGUCAAGGAUGACGACUACUAUCGACGUAAAGCCGAGCGGAGAGCUAGGAAAGAGCGAGAGCGUGAGGAGGGAUAUGGAGAGAGGAAGCAAAAACAUAAACACAGAUCUAGGGCGGCUGAUGGGGAAGGAGAAGAAGAUUCUGAUUCUGAUAGCGACGAUUCAGCCCUAGCAUUUGAGGAAAGGCCGAGAAAGGAUCGCCGCAAGUCACGCUCCUCGAAAGAUAGAGACUACGAUGAACCUUAUAAGUCAAGCAGGGCCUUGGAGGAAGAGGGCGAUUACUCGUCUCAUCGUGGCUACGAGCAACCCUCCUAUUCUAGAGAUCUUCAAGGAAGCGGAUACGGAUAUGCACCACAGCCAACAGCUGGUCCGGGGUACUACGGCGGAGAAAGUGGAGGCUAUGGUGCACCCGCUCAUGGCGGGUACGAACACCAGGGCUACGGCUCUAUGCCUGGGGGGUUCCCAAGCGAGCAAAGCCACCAUGGCGCCCCAUACCCUACAGGGAAUGCUCAGCCUUUUAAUUUCGGGAGCGGUUACGUUAUCGGGUCUGAUGGGCAAGUUGGGCGUGAUCGAGAUUACGACCAUGACUACACGAGUGGAAGAGAUCGAGAUAUUAACUAUCCUGAUGAAUCUGCUUACGGCGCUCCUCCCCCACCUCAAGAUUUUGGAUACGUUUCAGGUGGGUAUGGUGAUUAUAGUGGCGGCGCCAGCGGCGGAGGCGGUGGCGGCGGAGGGUACACCGGCAGUGGCUAUUCUGGCCACGAGCAUAGAUACGGUUAUUAG